CCAAUUUUUACAAGAGUGAGUUUGUACCCCCUGGUGCAGCCGUGAAUUUUGAAUAAUUUUGAACAAGUGUUUAGUCUAGUGCUGCCACACUAUAUGUGUGUGAUUUAAACGGAUAAUAAUAUCGCAAUAAUAAUAUAAUAUGCUAUAUCAUGAUGUGAUACACUGAUUAAAGGUCAAAUAUUUGCUAUUUUCAAUUUGCGAUUUAUUUAUCAAAUAUAUAAAUGUGGCUAUUAUCUGUGUGUCGCUCUUCGAAAACGACGGAAAGUAAAUACAUAUAGCAUAUUUUGUUAUUAAAGUUACUCGUUUUAUAUUUUUAUGAUUAUAACUGUACAGAUACUAAAUCGGUUCGACUGAAAGAAAAAUCAAAUGAUGUUAGUCGUAAGAAGAUACCAUCGGCUCACUGCAGUUGGUUCACUGUCAUGUAAAGUAUAUCCAGAGUUUAUGCUGUUAGACAGCUUAGCAUUCAACUAUAUGCAGAAUAGAUCCUAUGCAGAGGUUUGCUCUGUAGUACAAGAUAAAUUCAAGCCUAAAGUGAAUCUCAGUGAGCGAAGAACUACAAACUUAUUAAGGACAAGUGAUAUAUUAACAUGUAUAAAGUUAGUAGAUUUACAACAGAAAAGAUAUUUGGGCUUGGCUGCAAAACUAGUCAAUAAUGCCUCACCCAAAGUACAACCAUAUAUGAAGCUUAUUAGAAUGGACAAACCAAUAGGAAGCUGGUUACUAUUUUGGCCUUGUGGAUGGAGCAUUGCCAUGGCAACACCUGCUGGUACUUUACCAGAUCCUUAUAUGCUGUUACUUUUUGGCAUAGGUUCGUUUGUAAUGCGUGGUGCAGGAUGCAUCAUAAAUGAUUUAUGGGAUCGUGAUAUUGAUAAAAUGGUAGUUAGAACAAAGGACAGACCUUUAGCAAUUGGCCAAAUAACUAUGAAGCAAUCAAUAAUAUUUCUAGCAGGACAAUUGAGUUUAGGAUUAUUCAUAUUAUUACAAUUAAACUGGUAUAGCGUAUUUCUUGGUGCCAGCUCGCUAGGUUUAGUAGUCAUUUAUCCUCUCAUGAAGAGAGUAACAUAUUGGCCACAACUUAUCUUGGGAAUGACAUUUAACUGGGGUGCGUUGUUAGGAUGGUCUGCUAUACAUGGAUCAUGCGAUUGGUCUAUUUGCAUGCCAAUGUACAUAGGUGGUGUUUGUUGGACUAUUGUGUACGACACAAUAUAUGCUCAUCAAGAUAGAUCAGAUGAUAUUCUGCUAGGUAUGAAAUCAACAGCCAUCAAAUUUGGGGAUGACACAAAAUUUUACCUAUCCGGAUUUGCAAUAGCGAUGAUCGCGUGUUUAGUUAACUCAGGCAUAUUAGCGGCUCAAACUUGGCCUUAUUAUACCACGGUUGGAUUAGUGGCGGCGCAUAUUGGCAAUCAAAUAUACUUUUUGAAUAUAAAUAAUCCAACGGAUUGUGCCAAAAGAUUUAUAUCCAAUCAUAAGGUAGGCAUGAUACUCUUUACUGGUAUUAUAUUAGGAAACUUGAUGAAGAAAUCCAUGAAGAAAGAGAUCAAAGAUUAAGGAGAAAUCAUAUACCAAACAGCAGAUAUACCGAAUCACUCGUAAUAGAUAUACAGAAAAGAGACCUGGUAUUGCAACUAGUCAGGAAAUUAAUAAUAUCUUUAAAUUGUACACACACGUAUGUGAUUAGUUUUAAGUAACUACCUGAAUUAAAUUUACAUGGUUGUUAAAUAAAUGUAUUUUCGUAUAUUACUCUGAA